AUGAUCCCCUUUUCCUGCCUGUGGCUCGGCGAUCCCGGGGCCGAGCGCCGGUUUGAGGCCGCCUGCGCGCGGCGCCUGUUCCGCCCGUUCGAUCUGGUGGCGCGGGGGGUGGCCGCGGCGGCCCUCCUGACCGCCCUCCUGUCGGGAUGGCUUGGCCCGGCGGCAUCAAACUGGCGCACGACCGCCCUGGCCGCCGCCUCCGCCCUGACGGAAAUCCUCUGGAUGGCACUCAACGCGGACUCCAACGUGCAAGCGAGGACGGCGCUGACGGCGAUCAGACGAGCCACAAUCUCCCUCGCCCUCCUGACAUCGGACUCACCCCAGUUGGAGGCAUCCCCAGAAGCAUAUGCAUUCGCCCUCUGGCUGGCAAUCGCAUCAGGGCUGGGCUCGCUGAUCAUCCCCGGCAUGAUCGCGCCGAUGCUGACCAAGCACCAGCUGCCGGCGGCGGUGGCCCAGGCCGGCGUGCUGCUGGCCCUGCGCUUGCCGGAGGCGUCCUGCGCCCAGGCCGCCGGCACGGCCGAGGGCGCGGCCCUGUCCACGUGGGCGUGGAGGUGGCUGGACUCCUUGUUCACGGGAGGGGUAGGUGGUAGACAGGAGCCAAGGGCGGUGGACGCCUGUAGACAGGUGGUGGUUGUGACGUAUGCUGUGGUGGGCGUGUGGGUGCCGUGUUACGCGGCUUGGGUGAGGGAGUAUAACGCUCGGUCGGAGUUUGUGGGGGCCGGGCCGGCAGCGAGGCGGAAGUUGACCUGGAGGCUCAUGUGUGCCCACAAUGUGGUGGGCGCCGUGGCGGUGGCGUGCCUGUGGCUGCUCCUGUAUCCAGUCUGA